CGCCAUUCCCACUAUUGAUUUUCUUGCACACACUGACAAUACCACCACUAACCUCUAAUGGCCGCCGCCCUCCCCCACCACAACGGCACCACCAUCACCGCCGCCGCCCAAAAUCCAACACCUGAACCCAAACCCAUCACCCCAUCGGAGCUCCGCUCCGAAUUCUCCCACCACGACCCCACCAUCGCCCGCAUAAACAACGGCAGCUUCGGCUGCUGCCCCGCCACCAUCAUCGCCGCCCAGCGCCGCCACCAGCUCCUCUUCCUCCGCCAGCCCGACGACUACUACUUCAACACCCUCAAGCCCUCCGUCCUCCGCACCCGCCUCCUCAUCCAAACCCUCAUCAACGCCGACCACGUCGACGAGAUCUCCGUCGUCGACAACGCCACCACCGCCGCCGCCAUCGUCCUCCAGCACACCACCUGGUCCUUCUUCUCCUCCGCCUUCCUCCCCGGCGACGCCGUCAUCAUGCUCCACCACGCCUACGGCGCCGUCAAGAAAUCCGCCCACGCGUACAUCUCACGCGCCGGCGGCCACGUCAUCGAGGUCCACCUCCCCUUCCCCAUCAAUUCCCCCUCCGAAAUCAUCUCCGAAUUCCGAAAAACCCUCCAAAUCGGAAAAUCGAACGGCCGAAUAAUCCGGCUCGCCAUCAUCGAUCACAUUACCUCCAUGCCCUCAGUAAUCAUACCCGUCAAAGAACUCGUAACCAUAUGCCGAGACGAAGGCAUCGCAAGAAUCUUCGUCGACGGGGCCCACGCAAUCGGAAACAUCGACAUAAACGUGAAGGAAAUCGGCGCCGAUUUCUACACAAGCAACCUCCACAAGUGGCUGUUCUGCCCACCCUCCGCCGCAUUCCUAUACUGCAAGAAAUCCGACGACGACGAACUCUCCGACGACCUGCACCACCCGGUCGUGUCCCACGACUAUGGCAAAGGGUUACCAACCGAGAGCGCGUGGACCGGCACCCGCGACUACAGCGCCCAAAUGGUACUGUCGGAAGUAAUGACCGAAUUCGUCAGCCGAUUCGAGAACGGGAUCGAGGGUAUAAUGGGAAGAAACCACGAGAAGGUAGUGGAGAUAGCAGAAAUGCUGGUCGCGUCGUGGGGGACCGAGAUGGGGGCCCCACCGGAGAUGUGCUCGAGUAUGGCUAUGGUGGGGAUGCCGACUUGUUUGGGGAUUAGGAGCGAUUUCGACGCGUUGAAUUUGAGGAAGCAUUUGAGGGAGUGUUUUAAGGUCGAGGUGCCGAUUUAUUACAGGGAGGUUCACGAUGAUUGUUCGACAACGGGGUAUGCGAGGAUUUCGCAUCAGGUGUAUAAUGUUGUUGAGGAUUAUUAUAGGUUUAGGGAUGCCGUUAAUAAGUUGGUCGAAGACGGGUUUACUUGUGCUCGUCUCGAUCUCCAAAAAUGACGAGCUUACGAGGAGAAGGGAAUGCUGACCUUGGAACGUUUGAAUGUGGAAACUCUGUCUGAAAAAAAUAAUAUCGGCAUCGGGGCCUUGCGUGGUGUUUCCGUAAGACUGAGUAUAAUGAUGCAUAGUUGUACUGUGUUCGUUGUAAACGAUCAACGACCCGUUGAUUGUGAUUUUCUUUUAGAUGGAUUUAUCAGAGAAUUCAAGCAACAAAGAUUCUUGAAAUGGGACUGUUUUUAUUGCAAUGUAUGUAUAUAUCUAUGUCAUAUUGGAAGUUGAAAAAUGAAUUAUAGGUAAAAAGAAAAAUAUUAGAAUGUUUACCUCCGGUUGA